CUCUGGUGUGUUGGCGCGUCAACGCGAAAUCGAACCGUGGAGUUCUCGACUACCACACUCGUGGUUUCCAUUGCACAGGACCCAGUCGAGUGCUGACGGUUUCAACUCUUUGACGGAACCCCUCCCCCAGAGCCCUUGCUCGAUUAAUCGUCGGUUGCACAGUAUUAUCCUUGGGAAACGUUCAGUGACUGUAAUGGAUUUUGACUUCACAGCAUACCUUGCGAAAUUGCUAUACCUCCCUCCGAACCAGAUUACCAUUCAAUUCCUUACCGGUGGCUUCUGCAACGUAACGGUCCGAGCAUCAUUCACCCCGCCAGCAGACCUUACACGCUUUUGCCAUUCAAAGUCUGUCCCAAGCAUCGUGGUCAAAUAUGCACCUCCCUUCAUGGCUACCGAUCCGUCUCAGCCUUUGAACGUGAUCCGACAACACAUAGAGGCGCGCGCGCUGCUGCUUCUCGAUCCAAUGUCACCGUCACCUUUACCGGUCAGCUCCUUGUUGAUCAAGUAUCCAAACUUUAGGAUUCCCAGAUUCAUUCAUCAUGAUGUUGAGUCCAGCGUGCUCAUGAUGACAGAUCUUGGCACAGCGGUGGCAACGGUUGACAAGUGGCUGUCAAGAGACCCACCACCCACGGUGGAAGAAGUGCAACGUGUUGCCAGCGAUCUUGGCCAGUUUCUUGCCGAAUUUGUCAUGGCCACCAGAGAGCCUAGUGCAGAUGUAUUGGCUCGUGCACCCAACUCUGCGAUGGUAGAUCAGUUCUACUCAGAUUCCGUGAAUAUCACGAGGACUGUUCUUAAUCGACACGGCGUUUCGGAUGCGGAAACACUUGUCAGGCGUGUGGAAAGGGCCUUUAGAGAUGCAGACAAAACGGAUAGAUGCCUUGGCAUGGUCGACCUGUGGACCAGCAACAUUCUCAUUGACCCAGACAACAACAUAUGUUUAGUCGACUGGGAGCACUUUGGUCUCUCCAAUGCGAGCUGCGAGCUCAGCAUGCUAGUCCAAUCAUUUCAUUGGCUUCUGUUACGUUCUGAUUCAACUUACGAUCUGACGGAGCGCACGAACGCGUUCACCCAAACGAUGCUUCAGAACUACGCACUUCGCACCCCUCCUCCUUCUCUCCCUUUCAAGCGUUACGCACUCCUUGCAUAUGGUUGCCUCACGAUCAACAUUCUGGACUUCUUCAAAUCAGAAUUCAAUGAAAACAUGAGACAAAUGGCACUUGAAGCAGGGGUGGGCUAUCUGAGGGCUGCAGGGGAAUCAGUAGAAACUAUCGAUUCAUCCAUCUUCGACGGCUCUGACUGGCAAAACCUGACGCCCCAUGAAAGGCUCUACGAAAGGGGCAGGUUGAUGAUGGCCGCUCGGUGAUAAUGACUCCAAACGAACUUCCUAUGCACCCAUUACUCGUAUCCUCCGUGACACGUUUAGUAGAAAAACUUUACCCAUGAUGGCUUGUAGUCUAGUUCCAACGUGAAUGCGUGAACUCUAACAAAAAUGUCAGCUGUGGAAGAUAC